UUCGUUUAGAACCUCGCAGGAGCGUAUGUUGAGAAAGCUCUGUGGCUUAGCUAGCUAAGGAAAAAUAGAAAAAUAAAAUUUCUGAGUUUGAGUUAUGGACAAGAAUCCUACGCGAUACAAUGUACAACUGUAUAUUUAUGAUUUGUCCAGAGGAAUGGCUCGGAGCCUUAGUCCUAUAAUGUUGGGAAAGCAGCUGGAUGGGAUAUGGCACACAGCUAUAGUGGCAUAUGGUGAUGAGUUCUUCUUUGGAGGGGAGGGGAUCUCCAGCUGUUCUCCGGGUGGGACUAUGCUGGGGCCUCCUGACACAGUGGUGGAGCUCGGUGAGACUGAAGUCUCUGAGGAGAUCUUCAUGGAUUACCUCUCUUCCCUGGGAGAAAGCACAUACAGAGGUGACAGGUAUCGUCUGUUUGAGCACAACUGCAACACUUUCACCAACGAGGUGGCUCAGUUCCUGACUGGCAGGUCUAUCCCGUCCUACAUCACCGACCUUCCAUCUGAAGUCCUCUCUACACCAUUUGGCCAAAUACUGCGGCCCAUCCUGGACUCUAUUCACAUCGCCCCUCCGGGAGGAAACGUCAUCAACGGGGGACGAAACAUGUAACCUGAGAGAGUGCAGAGUAAUCUCGAGGUAUUCCAGUGUAGUCAGGCAGUGUGAAGUCUCAAUCGUUCUUUUUUCUUUCUUCAUAUACAUCGCUAAUAUAUAAUAUAAUGAAUGACUUGGGAUUGGGGGGGUAUUAUUUGACACUUUAGCUUUUCAGGAGUGAAAAGCCGUCGAGUAUGUUGAGUCAUGUUUUGUAUAGAAGAGGUUUGAAGCACUGAAACAUUGUUUUGACUUGAAAAAAACAGACUUUGUAGUAUUAAGAACAGCUCAUGUGGUAGCUGUAACUAAUCCACCUACGAUAUAACUUAGUUUUGUACUGAGGUACAAAAUGCUCUUUUAUCUUAAAGCUGAAAUUCAUUUGGUCACAUGUUUGAUCACAAUUUUCUCGCUCCGUUUGCACGACUAAUAUUUUUAAUAACACUCACCUCUGAGGAUCUUCUGCUGCUGACUACAGUGGAUUUAAAUCUCAGCAUAUCAAUUUCCAGUGGAUAAAGACUGACAUGAACACAAUGGCUGAUUAAUGGAGAGGUUUUUUUUUUU